CUUAGCUCAGACAUACUUACUUGGUAACACGGACGCGACCCGAUGGAUAGCGAUAUCGAGCUGGAGCGGCUGCGGGGAGCCCUUGUCAGCCCGCCAGGCACAGCCGCGUGGACGCAACAGCUUCACCGGAGGAUUCGCCGGGCACAUACCUACCACACCACCCAGAAUUCGCACAUCAACCGUCUCAUCCAGGUCGCAGAAGACCCAACUGCCGCGCGGCUGUUGGACGAUGAACCGGACACCUCGGCCUUCCACGUCAAAGCCGCCAUUUACGUCUCCAUCUAUGGCACCAUCCUCGUCGCCGCACUGCAGAUUUAUGCAGCCGCCGCAACACGGUCAUUGUCGCUGUUUGUUACCAUGGCAGAGAGUUGCUGUGAGGCUGUGAGCAACAUCGGCCUCGAUUACCUGCACAAGAAGUCCAAGCGGCUCAAUGAUUCGACGCGGUGGCCGGCGGGCGCAGGCCGACUCUGCAACGCCGGCAACAUCUGCUUUGCCUUCGCGCUGAUGGCCGUCUCGCUGGUGCUGGUUGUUGAAUCGAUCCGCUCGCUCGUGAGCAGCGAACACGAGCUGGGCAAAUUCGAAGUGGCGGCCAUUGUCGCGGCGGCGUGCGGGUUCGGCAUCAAGCUCUUCUUGGCCGUCUACUGCUUCAUCUUUCGGCGCCACAGUAGCCAGUUGCAGAUGCUCUGGGAAGAUAACCGCAACGACUGUUUCGAGUAUGGGUUCGCCAUUUUCACCUCUGCGGCCGGUGCCAAGCUCAAGUGGUGGGUCGACCCGGCUGGGGCCAUGCUCAUCGCCAUCGUCAUCAUCGUCACCUGGAUCGGCACUAUACGCUCCGAGUUCCUGGAGCUGUGCGGAGUAGGCGCCUGUCCCAGCUUGGUGCAGGAGAUUGUGUUCAUCACGCUUCGUCAUUCAGAUUUGAUCUUGAAGGUCGACUCUGUUCAUGCCUAUCACUGGGGCGAAGAUUUGUUCGUCGAGGUCGACAUUGUCAUGGCGCCUGAGCUCACCCUUCGUGAAGUCCAUGAUAUCGCGCAAGAGUUGCAAGACAAAUUGGAGACAGUCGAGGGCUUCGCUCGAGCUUUUGUGCACGUUGACUACGAAACGUCGCAUAUGCCCGAACACCGCAAGACCCGAUGAGGGCCACGAGAAUGGUGAUGUCGAGUCGCAGCGUGGACCUUCCCUUCGCUUCCAGCCGCUUGAACCAUUCUUUCUAUCUCUAUUAUCCUAAGGUCAAGAGGCGGGUAGACAACUAUAGGUCAGAUGUUCAUAUCCGGACAGUGUUGUAGUAAGUCGAUGUGCGACCGAUACUCUUUGAAACAACUAUGAGGUAGAGUCAUG